AUGUCCCAGCCCNCCGAGCUCAACCUGCAAGCCUACCACGUGACGGACACGGCCCUCGCCUACUUCACCGCCAAGCAGGGCUACACCACCCACACCCUGCGCCUCAACUCCUGCUGGGAGAUCACCAACCACGGCGUGGUCAACAUGGUGCACAGCCUGCCCAACCUGAGCGUGCUCAGCCUCUCGGGCUGCUCCAAGGUGACGGAUGAUGGAGUGGAGCUGGUGGCCGAGAACCUGCGGAAGCUGCGCAGCCUCGACCUGUCCUGGUGCCCCCGCAUCACCGACAUGGCCCUGGAGUACAUCGCCUGCGACCUGCACAAGCUGGAGGAGCUGGUGCUCGACAGGUGCGUGCGGAUCACCGACACCGGCCUCAGCUACCUGUCCACCAUGUCAUCCCUGCGGAGCCUCUACCUGCGCUGGUGCUGCCAGGUGCAGGAUUUUGGCCUGAAGCACCUCCUGGGCAUGGGCAGCCUGCGCCUGCUCUCGCUGGCUGGCUGCCCCUUGCUGACCACCACGGGGCUGUCGGGGCUGGUGCAGCUGCAGGAGCUGGAGGAGCUGGAACUCACCAACUGCCCCGGGGCCACCCCGGAGCUCUUCAAGUACUUCUCCCAGCACCUGCCGUGCUGCAUGGUGAUCGAGUAGCGCCGGANCCCCCCC